AUGGAUCUGGAAGCCUCAGGAAAUAAUUCAGUGGUGACUAAGUUUAUCCUGCUGGGCCUAACAGAGACUCCAGCUCUGCAGCCCAUCCUCUUUGUCAUCUUCCUUCUUGCUUACGUGGCUACUGUUGGUGGCAACUUCAGCAUCCUGGCUGCCAUCUUGAUGGAGCCCAAACUCCACACCCCCAUGUACUUCUUCCUGGGGAACUUGUCCCUGCUGGAUGUUGGCUGCAUCAGUGUCACUGUCCCAGCCAUGUUGAGGCAUUUCAUAUCCAAUGACAGAAGCAUUCCCUACAGGGCCUGCCUCUCACAGCUCUUCUUCUUCCACCUCCUGGCUGGGACGGACUGCUUCCUGCUGACUGUCAUGGCCUAUGACCGCUAUCUGGCCAUCUGCCAGCCCCUCACCUACAGUACCCGCAUGGGCUGGGGAAACCAGCAAGCUCUGGUGGGCAUGUCUUGUGUCUUUUCUUUCUCCAAUGCAUUGACCCAAACAGUUGCCUUGUCUGCUCUUAAAUUCUGUGGCCCUAAUGUGAUCAAUCACUUCUACUGUGACCUCCCACAGCUCUUCCAGCUCUCCUGCUCCAGCACCCAACUCAACGAGCUGCUGCUCUUUGUAGCAGCAGCCUUCAUGGGUGUGGCCCCCUUGGUCCUCAUCACUGUGUCCUAUGCCCAUGUGGUAGCUGCUGUGCUACGAAUCCGCUCUGCUGAGGGCAGGAAGAAAGCCUUCUCCACAUGUGGCUCCCACCUCACUGUGGUGGGCAUCUUCUAUGGGACAGGCGUCUUCAGCUACAUGAGGCUGGGUUCAGUGGAGGCUUCAGACAAGGACAAGGGGAUUGGCAUCCUCAACACUGUCAUCAGUCCCAUGCUAAAUCCACUCAUCUACAGCCUGAAAAACCCUGAUGUGCAGGGUGCCCUGCAGAGGGUGAUCAUGGGAAGGAGACCCCCCUAG